UGUGAGUCGCUUAUAUCCCGUACAAUUUUGUUUUGACAGAAAGAAGGCAGCAUGGCUAGUCAACAUGACACGCUUGUUGGAGCUGUCGAUCAGGGGACAAGUAGUACAAGAUUUUUGAUAUUUUCCAGUAAAACUGGUGAGUUAGUAACGUACCACCAAGAAGAAAUCAACCAGUUGCUGCCUAGGGAAGGAUGGGUGGAGGAGGACCCGAAGGAGAUACUGACCUCUGUACUGACUUGUAUACAGAAAGCUGUCGACAACCUCAAUGCUCUCGACAUAAGUCCUGCCAAUAUCAAAACCAUUGGUAUCACGAAUCAAAGGGAGACAACCGUGGUCUGGGACAAACUGACAGGGGAACCUCUCUACAAUGCUAUAGUUUGGCUAGACAUGAGGACGGCUAGUACUGUAGAUAAUCUGGUGAACAAGACACCACAGAAAGACAAGAACUACCUCAGACCUAAAUGCGGCCUUCCUAUAACGACCUACUUCAGUGCUGUCAAACUGCGAUGGCUGAUAGACAACAGUGAGGUGGUCCGAGCUGCGAUCCGAGAUGGACGCUGUUUGUUCGGGACAGUUGACUCCUGGCUGUUAUGGAACCUAACUGGAGGGAAGGAUGGAGGUAAACACCUGACGGACGUCACUAAUGCCAGUCGUACGAUGUUGAUGAACAUUGGGUCUCUGGAAUGGGACACAGAUCUACUGAAGUUCUUUGACAUUCCGGUAGAAGUUUUACCAGAGAUCAGAAGUUCCGCGGAAGUUUAUGGACAACUAGUUUCUGGCCCCUUAAAGGGUCUCAACAUCUCAGGGAUACUGGGGGAUCAGCAGGCAGCUUUGGUUGGUCAAAUGUGUUUCAAACCAGGACAGGCCAAAAACACGUAUGGUACGGGCUGUUUCCUACUGAUGAAUACUGGUACUGAGGUGUGUGAGUCCAACCAUGGCCUGUUAACUACGGUGGGCUAUCAACUUGGCAAAGACAAACCUGUCAUCUAUGCUCUUGAGGGAGCUGUUGCCAUUGGUGGUGCUUGUGUACGCUGGCUCAGGGACAACCUUGGAAUCAUCAAGACCUCAGCAGAGAUAGAGGACUUAGCUGCUGGUGUUGACAGUGUGGGAGGGUGCUACUUUGUCCCAGCCUUUUCUGGUCUCUUCUGUCCCUACUGGCAGUCAGACGCGAGAGGGGUCAUAUGCGGACUAACGCAGUUCACCACUAAAUGUCAUAUCGCCAGGGCAGCUCUGGAGGCUGUAUGCUUUCAAACAAGGGAGAUUCUUGAGAUAAUGAAUGAGGAGAGCGGUAUUCCACUGAUGUCACUACAAGUGGAUGGAGGGAUGACUGCCAACACUCUCUUAAUGCAGAUGCAGUCAGAUCUCCUUGGUAUCAAUGUUGUGCGACCCUCCAUGCCAGAGACAACAGCGCUGGGUGCUGCCAUGGCAGCAGGUUAUGCCGAGGGUGUGUGGGAUAUUGAGAACAGUGCCAAAGCUACCAUCACCACGGAUACCUUCACCCCGGCCAUCAGAGCUAAAGAUCGUGAUGGGCGUUUCACAAGAUGGAAGCUGGCUGUUGAGAGAUCUAUGCAUUGGGAGGUUCCCACGCCUAUUCAGGGCCCUAUUCCCAAUCUGUACAGGAGUCUCGCGGGCGGACUGUUUCUGUGGACCAGCUGUGCCUUGUUACUAGCAGCAGAACUUUUACACAAGAGGUAACAUUUAGCCAGGUUGUAGGUACGCUAUACUCCAAUUUUUAUAUACUGAUGUUUUUAAUGUUUUUUAUCGAUGUAUGAGAUAUAUUUUUAUGAUGUUGAGAUCUUCCGAACCCUUAUAUCAUAGAAUGAAUUAGACAUAUCAGUCCAAAGUUUGCUCAUUCUAGUCGUAAUUUGUGAUUUUGAAUUAACUGAUAAAAUGCUUUAAGUAUGUGACAUUGUUAUAUCAGUGCUGCUUGUCUGUUACUCUGUGCGAUGUAAGUCACAGACAAACCUUAAUCUGUGUUAUAGUGGUGUAAGUCACAGACAAACCUUGAUCUGUGUUAUAGUGGAGAUUAGGUAGCCAGAUUUGCUUUUAUUUUUUAUUAUAAUUAGUAGGUAUAUUCAUUUUGAAUGAAGUUCUACUGAAAGUCCUCGGAUAAUGAACAAACAUCCAGUUUAACAAAUCCCAAGAGUAUUCACAUCAAAUGACAAAUCCCAAAGGGAUUCACGAUAAAUGAAUUAAUAUUCUUUACUAAUUUGCCUUUUUUCUUCCUGUUAAUGAUUUUUUUAAAAAAAUUUCUUGCAAAUAUCAGUCAUGAUGAUAAGCUAUGAAGAAAAUCAUUAAAAUACAUUUCUAGGGUGGUGAAAUAAGUCGAAGCAAUUCGUUACAUGCUACUUACCUGAAUCUCGGGUGAAAUGCUUAUGCAUAUAGAUGAUCUCUAUUUAGAAUUUCUGGUCUUAGAAGUCAAGUGCUUUGUAGAAUUAUUUUUGUUCUGUAAAAUACUGACAAUUCUUAGUUAUGUCAUAAAACCGGGUUAUGUGGGGUUUGAAAACUUGAACACAAAGUUUUUCAAUUUCCUAUCUAAUAUAAAGUUUUUAUUUCAAUGUAUUUUACAUUCUGUUGCUUGUUAGUGUCUGAUCUCGUCAUGAAAUAUUUCAAAUUUAUGACAUAACUUAUAAUUUUAAUAGUCAAAAUUACAAGAUGUGAUUGUGAUGUUGUUUUUUUUAAUUGUUUUAACCCCUCAGUGAGAGUUAAGAUAAGAGACAACCACCAUUAUUACCAGAUGGUAGGCUGUUCAACUCGCCCUUCGUCUGUGGUCCAUCAUCCUUUAAUCAUUGUUACCGCCUUUUCUCAGAAAUACCAAAUGAUUCUUUCUCAUAUUUCAUAUGUAGGUUCCCUUUGGUCCUCAGAGUUGUGCAUGUUGAAUUGUGAGGCUGUUUCGGAAAACAAAAUAAGCGACGGGUGCCUGUUUUGAAUUUUGACAUUUGAAGUUUGUUAUAGAAAGUACUAAGUAAAUCUUUUUUUUUUUCAAAGUUAAAUUUUGAAACUGAUCAAAAAACAUCAGAUCUGACAGGCCUCCAUCUAUGAUUUUGACAGAUGAAGUUUGAAAUCACCAUUUCUGAGACAUCAAGUAUGUUUGAUUUCAAGACCAAAGUACAGUUAUGUUUUGUCAAUGUGAUACACGUAUAUUUUUAUUUGAUUAUUUCAAGAGGUGAAUAUGAUGAAAAGAGGAAAUAUGAGAAAACAUCUUAGAUUCAAUCUUACUAAGAACCAAUACAGAUAUUUCAAUGGUGGGUGCCAAGAUCCUUUUAGGGUCUCUUGUCAAUAUCAUAAAAUAAAACAGCUGUUUCCUAACUUGUUACAUAAUGAAGAUUUAUUAUAUAAAAUUGAUUAUCAUAAUGUAAGUUUGCUGAAUCUCCCGUCAUCAAAUGAUAUCUGUUAUGUGAUCAACACAAUCCGUUAUUGUCGCUGUGAUAACGUUAGUGUUUACUUUAUGUCUGUGGUUCUUCAAUCCCAAAAAUAUUCUUCUUGUUGACCCUGAUAUUCAAGAUGGCUGACAUCUGCCAUUUUGGAUGGUGACAUGUGGAAUUUGCUCUUUCUCAUAAUUACAGUACAGUGAUGUGAUUUUUACAUCAAAAGAGUAUAUAUACUUCAAUGAGCUAUUCGAAAUAAUUACAAUGUUAUAAUCAGCCUUGAGCAUUUAUCUGGGUAAGAUACAUGUAGAUAAAGUAGGAUGUAAUUUGUGUGAGGCAGAACUGACCUUUGACGGUUUACUUUGUACUGUCACUGUAACUUAAAUGAUCAUAAAUCUAUUUUUAGUAAUACACAUGCCACUAACUCUAUAUAUAUAAUGUUAUAAUGUUAGGAACAAAUUUACUUUUGGUUAUAUACUUGUUUAUAUAAGAAUAAAUUUUCUGUUUGAGAUUUAUAGAAAUGUUAGUUUUUGAAGAGAUUAUGAAUUUGAAUUUAGGCGAGAAUGUCGCUGACUUGUUAUUAAAUACUCUCUCAGAAGGAGGUGUGAUGAUCGUUAAGUUGGUAAUGUGGAUCUCCUGAUCUGAGCUGUAGUGUUAUGUUUAACUUUGUUAAGGGGAGAUUAUGUAAAGGGGAGAUUACUCUGAUCAGUGUUCCCCCCCCUGAUCUGAGCUGUAGUGUUAUGUUUAACUUUGUUAAGGGGAGAUUAUGUAAAGGGGAGAUUACUCUGAUCAGUGUUCCCCCCCUGAUCUGAGCUGUAGUGUUAUGUUUAACUUUGUUAAGGGGAGAUUAUGUAAAGGGGAGAUUACUCUGAUCAGUGUUCCCCCCCUGAUCUGAGCUGUAGUUUUAUGUUUAACUUUGUAAAGGGGAGAUUACUCUGAUCAGUGUUCCCCCCUGAUCUGAGCUGUAGUUUUAUGUUUAACUUUGUUAAGGGGAGAUUAUGUAAAGGGGAGAUUACUCUGAUCAGUGUUCCCCCCUGAUCUGAGCUGUAGUUUUAUGUUUAACUUUGUUAAGGGGAGAUUAUGUAAAGGGGAGAUUACUCUGAUCAGUGUUCCGUUACCAUUCUGUGUUUGGACAUGAGGUGUGCUUUACCAUGUAUAUUGUAGAGAUUUUGUUGACUUUAAUUUUAUAACUUUAGCCUUUCUUGUUAAGUCAUGCUCAGUAGUAAACAUAGUAGUUAUGGAUCAAAUUCUGGCACACUAAAGAAAAAUAUAAUAUGUAUUGAGCUACUCAAUACACAUUACAGAAUGUUAUUUGAAUAUUGAAGAUAUGUGUUGAAAUAUGCCACUAAUGGCAUAGUGAGAUAAAAUGUAUAUGUAUUUGGAAAAAGGAUUUUCAAAGACAGAUUGUCAGCCAUCCAACCAAGUGAGAAAUUUAAAGCUAUCUUAAAUGUAGUUCAGCAGUUUUUUUUCGCCGUCAUAAUCAAUAAUAAAAUGUUUACCUGGAGAUUAUAGUAAUAUUUUAUAUAAUAAUAUUAAAGUUUAUAACACUGCUAUAAUUUAUAAUUUUGUGACCGAUGUUUUCUUACCCCAUAUAAUAAUAGUUUUUCUAUUAAUUAUUAUCAUUAUUUAAAAAUAACAAUGCAUUAUAAAUAUAUGUGUAAAACCGCUUUAUAAAAUGAUUGAAUAUUGAGAUUAAUGUUUAAGAGAUUAUAACAACGAAUAUGUAAAACAACAAUGCAUACAUAUCUGUGAUUGUGAUACAAUGUAAUCUGAAUGUUUCUGUAAACUCGAUCAAAUGAUUGAUUACAACUUAUUUUAUCAUUUCCCAAUAUUUUGCUUUGUUCAUAACUAUGCAUUCCACGUGAUCAACCUUGAUUAUUUUCACAGCUGUUCUGGUGUCUACCUAAUAGAUAAUAAUAUGAUCAUAUUGGUGACAUUUUUGUAUACCAAUUAAAAAAAAGAACAUAUAUGUAGCUGACUAAAAGUUUAUUUGAAUGACGAAAAAAAUAAUUUGAAAAGGUGUGAUGUUUGGAAUUAUUUGGAAAUAUAUGACAAUUAUGGAUGAGAAUUGUAUGUAAUCUUUCUUGCUUACAUGGAAGAAAUCUCGUGUUCACUUAUUAAGUUUCACACUUAAGAGAUUUUAUAAUAGUACGCUUUUAUAUAUUUCAUUCCUCUUGUGUCAUUGCUUUUAGUUCAUUUAUUAUGGGAAAUAAAAAUGUAAAUCACAUA